UCUGUACGAGAACGAUGCCGAGUAUGUACGACGACGAAAUGUUCAGUGCCUGUUUUGAGCGCGUCAUUGAUUCGCACCUUCUCAUCGCCACUGCUCGUACUCGUAUGGCUGCCCAUGACUUCUAUGACUACCACCUUUGACCUGGUGAACACUCAUCCUCGCUCGUACCAGAUUCGCUUUCUCCAUCUCAUAUUUUAAACCCGAACACAAUCAUUCCGUACAAACACCAUUGACUACAACUGGUAGUUUUUAAAUGUCUUUCUUUCUCACCAAUGCAUUCUUCUUUCCACAGGCACCUCUUCCUUUGACAUUGUGAUCACUCUUCUUAUUCUUCCAUGGGAAAGUCUCGUUCACUGAAUUGGCUGGCAGACCCUUUGAAGAAUCUCGGACAAUCUCUCACUUUACCUUGGUCGGUUCAGAUUCAAGCCGAGUCCGAGUCCGAGUCUCUUUCCGUCUUCGCAUAUACUUCUACUUUUGCACAGACACUAAACAACAACUCGUCAUCCGGGUUUUGGGAUCAGGGUUCAUUGUGUUUAUAAAAGGAAACCCACCCAAAGCCCAUAUUACGACGCAUUCAGCACACUGGAGCCUCAAUUUCAUCGUACAUACACAAACAUGAAGGACCAAGCCGAUAUGACCGAAGACACGCCCGUGGCGGGGGACAACGGCCGCCAGGAAAAAGGUGCUGGUUCUCCCAACCCCCGAGCUGCAACAAAUGAAGGCUUCUACUCUGUAGAGGCUCCUUCAAGUCCCACCGACAGUCUUGCCAAUACCGAGAAGUCGACUCAGAAUGCAAAUGCGGCCGGCACAAGUUCCCCCGACGAUGAUCAGGCCGAGCAACCCUCGAAAACCGAACUGACGCGGCAAGAAUCCAGAGCAGAUUCUUUUUCCAAGUCGAGAAUUCUUGUCAUUAUGUUCUCGCUUUGCAUGGCACUUUUCCUAGCUGCCCUGGACGUCACCAUCAUCACUACUGCUCUACCAACCAUAGCCGAGCACUUUCAUGCCUCAACAUCCGGCUACACCUGGGUUGGUAGUGCGUACCUCCUGGCGAACGCGGCCAGUGUUCCUCUGUGGGGUAAGCUUUCUGACAUAUGGGGUCGAAAGCCUAUGAUUCUUUUUGCCAACAUUAUAUUCAUGGCUGGCAGUCUUAUUGCGGGUGUCAGUAAUUCUAUCGGACUUCUCAUCGGAGGCCGGGUCAUUCAAGGCAUAGGAGGUGGUGGACUGGUCAUUUUGGUCAAUAUCUGCAUCGCAGACUUGUUCAGCAUGAGAGAUCGACCCAAGUACUAUGGCAUAGUAGGCAUGGUCUGGGCCAUCGCCUCGGGCGUUGGACCUGUUAUUGGAGGUGCUUUUACGCAAGGCGUCUCCUGGAGAUGGUGCUUCUACAUCAAUCUGCCACUUGACGGUCUCUCGUUGAUUCUUCUCACCUUCUUCCUCAAACUCGAAACGCCAAAGACGCCAUUCUGGGACGGUAUCAAAGCCGUCGAUUGGAUUGGCGUUCUCACCAUUGUCGGAGGAGUGGUCAUGUUCCUCUUCGGCAUGGAAUCCGGUGGAGUCGGCCAUCCUUGGGACAGCGCUUACACCCUUUGUCUGAUCAUCUUUGGAGUCUUCACGGUCGUUCUCUUCUUUAUCAAUGAGUGGAGGUUCGCCAAAUAUCCGGUUAUUCCUCUCCGACUCUUUAAGGAUUCGUCGAACCUCGCCUCCCUGGGAGUCUGCUUCAUUCAUGGCUUCGUCUUCAUUGCGUCGAGCUACUACCUGCCCAUCUACUUUCAAUCUGUCCUUGGUGCCACACCAAUUCUCAGCGGUGUUUACCUGUUUGCCCUGGUGCUAAGCUUGUCGUUCAUGUCGGCCACUGCAGGGAUCUUCAUCAAGAAGACAGGGCAUUACCGAGAACCUAUCUGGUUCGGACUUGUUAUGAUGACCAUCGGCUAUGGCCUCUUUAUCGAUCUAGAUCCCACGGCUAAUUGGGCAAAGAUCAUCAUUUUCCAGAUAAUAGCUGGCAUUGGAGUUGGGCCGAAUUUCCAAAGCCCGCUGAUUGCUCUGCAGAGUCACGUCAAGGGACAUGACAUUGCCGUGGCCACCGCUACCUUUGGUUUCGUCCGGAAUCUGUCCACUUCCAUCUCCGUUGUGCUGGGUGGUGUCGUCUUUGACAACGAGUUGUCGAAGAAGCAGAGUUAUCUCGUGAACCAGGGCAUCUCGAUGCAGAUGGCCAAGCGUUUGACCGCUUCAGGUUUCAGCGCAACGGCGAAUCUGAUCAAAGCCCUACAACCGAAUCAGAGGAGGGCGGUCGAUAUCGCAUACACGUCGAGCUUGCAGAAGAUGUGGAUCUUUUACACUGCAUUCUCGGCGUUUGGCAUCUUCAUCAGCUUGUUCAUCACGAAGAAGAAAUUGAGCAAAGAACACGAGAAGGCGAGGACGGGUCUCGCUGAACAGGAACGGGUGAGGCAAGAGGAACUGGCCGCUCGACAGGCCCGGCGAGGCACCCUCGACGCCGAAAAGGGAGGGCGAUAGGAUGGCUUUCCUGGGUUGUGGAAAAAGGGUUUGAAAUUUUGGUAGCAUAGCGAGUGUAUUUGGCAUUUCACAAUUGGCACAGAAAAGAAAAACAAAGGAGCGGAUUGUCCGUGUGUACAGUACAGUUUUAGUGGGUAGAGAAGGUCUGGGUUAUUGGUAUCAAAAUUGGCCUCUCCCUCUUCCUCCUCCUCCUUCGCCUCCUCCUCAUCAUCAUGAUACGCCUGUGUAGUAUCCCUACUUAUAGAUACCCG